CAUCGCGGCGGGUACCUUGUUUUGUUGCCCCAUUUGCCAAAUAGUGAUUAUAUGAUGAUACCGUAUCCUGAUGCUGCUUCUGUAAAUCUAACGACAGGUUGAUUUGGAGCGGGGGCAGUGUGUGUCAGGGGGUGGGGGGGCGUUUUUUUACGGUUUGACCUUUGGGCUGGCUGCUGCGAAUGACAAAUCAAAGGUCGGUGUGAGCGGAGCCUUGGGUUUUAAAAAGGCAUCUUCAAGCAAGACGGCGAUCCAGAGAGAAUGGUAGUAAGAAGCGCUCUGACAGUUGGUCGAUAGCGGGGGAGAGAGCUUCAACAUCGGCAGCAGCGGCGGCGGCAGCAGUGGCACACUCGCAGGCUCCAUAGCGGCCACUCUUGGACCGAAGGCAGGCCCGCUGAGAGAGGAGGACUGCAGCACCAUGGACAGCUCAGAUAUGGACGCUAAUUAUGGAGGAGGACUGUUGGACAUGGUGAAGGGAGGAGCGGGGAAGUUCUUCAGCAACUUCAAGGACAACUUGAAAGACACGCUGAAAGACACCUCCACAAAGGUCAUGUCUCAGGUCUCCACGUACACCAAAGGGGAGCUGGACAUUUCCUACAUCACAUCACGGAUCAUAGUGAUGACCUACCCUGCAGAGUCCGUUCAGAUCGGAUACCAGAACCACGUGGAGGACAUCCGCUCCUUCCUUGACAGUCGCCAUGCCGACCACUACACUGUCUUCAAUCUAUCACAGAGAAACUACCGCGGCGCCAAAUUCUCCAACAGGGUGUCAGAGUGUAAUUGGCCUUCUCGCCAGGCUCCCAGCCUUCACAACUUGUUCGCUGUGUGUAAGAACAUGCACAACUGGCUGAAACAGAAUCCAAAGAAUGUGUGUGUCAUCACCUGCUCGGAUGGUCGUGCCCCCUCAGGAGUCUUGGUCUGUGCCAUGUUCUGCUUCUGCCACCUCUUCAACAACCCGGUUCCCGCCAUGCAGCUGCUCAGCGCCAAGAGACCAGGAUCUGGACUGUGGCCCUCACACCGCAGGUACAUAGGCUACGUGUGUAGCAUGGUAUCAGAGAAGCCCAGUCUCCCCCACUCUAAGCCCCUGGUCAUCAAAGGCCUCACCAUCAGUCCGGUCCCCUGCUUCAACAAGCAGCGCAGCGGCUGUCGACCCUUCUGCGACGUCCUCAUCGGAGAGACGAAGAUCUUCACCACUUCACAGGAAUACGAGAGAAUGAGAGAGCACAGGGUCCAAGAGGGUAAGGUAGUUUUCCCUCUGGGUGUGAGCGUCCAAGGAGAUGUCGUUGUUUCAGUCUACCACAUGAGGUCGACCAUCGGAGGACGUCUGCAGGCCAAGGUGUCCAACACCCAAAUCUUCCAGAUCCAGUUCCACACUGGUUUCAUUGCUCCUGGUACCACCGUGUUAAAUUUCAACAAACCAGAGCUGGAUGCCUGUGACUCUCCUGAGAAGUAUCCCCAGCUUUUCCACGUGUUAGUGGACAUUGAGGUUGAGGGGACAGACAAACAAAAGGACCUGACCCCACCAUGGGAGCAGUUCCCCUGCAAAGACCUCAGCCCCAGUGUUCUCUUCUCCUGCCACCAGGAGCAUCAGGAUGCUCUGGCUAUCGCUGAGCCAACCAGGCCCCCCGGAGGUCCAGAGAGUCGAGGCCACGGCGAGGAGAGCGAGCCCUCGGACGACGAGAUGCUCUCCCUCUCCAGCCAGCGAAGCAGCACCAGCACAGCCCCCCACAGACCGGACCCCCCUGCUCCUGCUGCCCGGGCUCCUGCCGAGGAGGUGGAUCUCCUUGGUCUCGACGGGGUGGACAUCAACCGGCCGUGUCCCUCGUCUCAGCCCCCCUCUGCUGCAGCUGCGACCACCGACCUCCUGGGGGAUUUGUUUGGGACCCCGACACAGCCAACCAGCGGGCAGUCAUCUGCUCAGUCCACCCCACAUAAAGUAGUCCCAAACACUGCCUCGCCAUGUCCUUCUCCUGCACCGCCAGCGUUUGACCCCUUUGGGGCGGGUCCCAUGCCUAAACCUCAGGACAUGAUGGGUUCAUUCCUCGGACCAGGUAACGCGGGGCAGCCAGACCCCUUCCUGCAUGCUGCUCGCUCUCCAUCACCCACCCUGCAGCCUACAAGCUUUGGCCGGAGUUCCCCCGUCCCACCCACAACACCUACGGUCAACAUUCAGCAACAAAACGCCAUGGGAGGAUGGGACUGGAACAAACCGGCUACCACAAGCACAGGAGGAGGCUUUGGUAUGGGUAGUCGUUCUGCUACUACUAGUCCCACUAGUUCAGUUCACAGCACCCCCACCCACCAAACAAAGCCAAACACCUUGGACCCGUUCGCUGACCUAGGCAACCUGGGGGGAAGCCUUGGAGGUUCUGGCUUCUCCAGUAAACCCACCACCCCUACUGGAACUACACCUUCCCACCCUCCCAUGGGCUCCCCGUCGCGUCCUCCUCCCUCUCCCCAGCACGCCCACACAGGAGCUGGCUUCCCCUCAUGGCAGCCAGGUGCUGGGAGCGGUGGAGGAUGGCAGCCCCAACAAGGACAGGGUCCAGCCCCACAGCCAAAGCCCAGUCCGAGCCACGCCCCCAUGCCUCACACAUCGCCCCAGAACAGACCCAACUACAACGUCAGCUUCUCUGCAAUGGGAGGGGGCUCGCCCAGCGCAGGUGUCAAAGCACAGGCCAGCAUGGGUACUAAACCCAAAGCCUCAAAUGCCAACUUUGAUGACCUUCUGUCCGGUCAGGGCUUUGCAGGGGCCAAAGAGAAGAAAGGGCCCAGGACUAUAGCAGAGAUGAGGAAGGAGGAGAUGGCCAAAGAAAUGGACCCUGAGAAAAUAAAGAUUCUGGACUGGAUCGAGGGGAAGGAGCGUAACAUCCGAGCUCUUCUGUCCACCAUGCAUACUGUGCUGUGGGAGGGAGAGACCCGCUGGAAGCCCGUGGGCAUGGCUGACCUGGUUACUCCAGAACAGGUCAAGAAGGUCUACCGCAAAGCAGUCCUGGUGGUCCACCCAGACAAGGCGACAGGGCAGCCCUAUGAACAAUAUGCCAAGAUGAUUUUCAUGGAACUAAACGACGCCUGGUCAGAAUUUGAAAGCCAAGGACAAAAGCCACUCUACUAAAUAAACAGUGAGAGGAACUUAGCGAGAGGAGGACGUCCCUGCUGAUUCUGUCUUAACUAAACCUCAAAAUGUGUCACCAACGUUUGGUCACUCCAGCCACCCCCGACGACAUCUGCCUUUAUACCUGUGCUUACCCCCCUGUACCUCUCAUUACCACAGGAACAGAACAUCCAAUGGAUCUGCAAAGACGGCAAAACACAACAAAAAAAAAAAAACCUCCAACGUGACCUUCCUACCUACCGUAUGUAUGUAAUGCAUCAUAGUCUUUCCUUGUUGGGUGUCCUUAGUCCUGAACCAACCCACCAAUCAAAGCAGAGUUACUGGGAUGUCUGGAAAAACACAAAAAAAGAAAACACUUGAUUUAGAAAAAGAUCAAAAGAGACAACGGACAUCAUGUGAUCAGAAAAACACAUUUCAGGGAGUGACCUGAGCGAGCGUUUCACAGACUGCUCAAAAUUCUCAUUUAGAGCAUCCGACUGUCUUUGGGGUACAAGAAAGCAUUUAACAGCAAACACGUCAUUUACCCAUAAGGACUUCUGUUUGAGAAGUGUAUUUUGCUUUUAAGUUCAUGUGAAAAAUGGAUCCCUGAUUUAUUUACUCAAAUCCAAAGUCCCCCCGGUUCAUAUUCAAAACAUCCCAUGAAAGGCAGUUUUGAGAUUUAUCUCAAAUGUUGUGUAUGUGUGUGAAAGAAAAUGAAAUCAAAAUGCUAUCUCUGCUUUUGACACUAGUUGUGAUUGCAGGUUGGAGUCUGUCUGCGUUAGACUUAAAAAACGAGUCGGAUGUGUAAAGUUGAAAAUGACUAAUUAAAUUCAACACAACAAGGCGGCUCCACAUUAAAAACACAGAUCAGAAUGCUGCUAAAAUAUACACUCCUGACUUAUGAUUAAGGGUCACAUAUUAUACUCCUUUUCAACAAGUUUAAAUAGAAGAAAAGAAAAAAGAAAAUCCACUCUGAUCCUGUAUUUUAGCAUGCCUCUGUUUAAGCCCUGCUCAGAACAGGCUGUUUCUGUGUCUGUACCUUUAAAUAUGUAAAUGAGCUGUGUCUGACCACGCCCCCUCUCUGGAAUGGGCUGUGGCUCUGGCUUUCUUACACUAUGCCCACUUGUUUACAGCUGAAAGGCAGACUCAGAGGGCAGAAAAAAACACCUAGCUGUGGGAGUGUCACCCACUUGGGGGAGGGGCUACUGCCCUUUGUGAUGUCACAAAGGGAAAAUCUCCAAACGGCCUGUUUUUAUAAAUAUGUUAUGGCAUAUUAAUAUUAGAAAACCAAGGUGAAGUGUAUUCUGCAUAAUGUGUGACCUUUAAUAGGAUGAACAAAAAAAGGCAUUGUACUGUAGGAGAGUGAUUUAUCAUUGAUGUGAUUGAACCGUGUGUGUGUUUGCAUGUGUGCCGGGACUGAGGGCUUUGUUUACUGUACUAUAGGGUUGAGCACAUGUAUAGUUCCACACAUGAAGCACCUCGAGGCCUCAUGCGUACUCACUCAUACACAACAUGUAUUCCUUUGUGAGGUUAGCUCUGUGAAAGCACAAACUUUCCUCGAUGCCGCUGUGAAGGAAAGCUACUCUUAUUUAUUUAAUUCAUCUUCAUUUGUGUGUCUGACGUGUGCUGCUUUGUUUUUGAUUUUUUUUAAACUGCACAUGAAGUCAACUAAUGUACCAUAUGGACAUGUAUGGAUAUGUAGACCGUCAUGUUCAACUCUAGUAGAAACACUGGAAUCAUUAAGACUACAUCAUAAGUGUUACACAGCCUGUUGUAGAGAGCAAUAUCUUAUUUCCAAACUACAAAAACAGCACGAGUGAGGUUAAUGUGCUGCUCUUCUAUUGGCCACUUUAUGACAGGUGUUGUAGGCUGAUUCUGCAGAGAUGGGUUAUUGAUCAUGAGAAAAUACUGUAUCAUGAUCUGAUUAAUUGUAUAUGACUACUACUUAAUUAAGACUAAGAUCCUUAUACGUCAUUACAGCAGUUGUUAUCAAGACACUGAUAUGCAGCGACUGCAACUUCUUAAAAACUUGACAAUUUGUUUACAUUUGUUGGACAUCUCCGUUCACCACUGACAAUGAUUUUAUUUAUAAUUAUUAUUUGUAUUGAAGAGUAAUAAAAGCUGUGUUUUCCCCAGAGGCACCAGGGACUUUUAAGUUUUAGGAAACUCCUUUUGAAAAGGGACUAAAAGGUUCCUCCAGCCCAUGAUUCUCUAAAGUUUCCCCUGAGGUCUUGUGGCCUUUAAAGAGUUCCUCUAAAAGUCGGCGAUCACUUUGGUGAGAACGCAGCAAAUAACACGAUUUCAUAUCAACAUUAAGGUACCCGGAUCAAACUUCAGUUGUCUCCAUGGAGUUUUACUAACAUGCUUCAGCUGAUAAGACUCCUGUUUGACUCCUGAUGUUGUCUCCUUUUCUGAAGAGUAUUUGUAGCCCUGGGAUGAAGGAACAUGCAAAAACUAAAGAUAUAUAUUUCUGUAAGGGGAAAUCUACAUUUCUUGGAGAAUUUGAGGUUUUCACUGGAAACUUGUUGUUAUUAUCCGAGAACAUCCUCAGCUUCCAGCUCUGUGUUACUGAUAGUGAAAUACUCCAAAACACAUUUAAUCUGUUUGUCAUCUGCUAUAAAUUAAAAAAAAAAAAAAAUGUGCUCCUCAGUUUUAAAAGUGACAAAAUGUGCAGAAAAUUUGCAUUUACACAAUUAUUUCAUUCGUUUCAGGACUGUUAAUACUCCCUCUUAGUGUCACAAUACCAGAAUUUUAAACUUUGACAGUAAAUAUCAAACAAUAUGGUUACCUGUAACAAAAAUAUAAGUCAUGUGCAUUAAAUAGGGAGUAACAUCUUGUUUUUCAUUACCAAAAAUUGCAAUUAAAUUUUGCAUUGCACGAAUACAGUGGCAAUGUGUUUGUAUGUAUCGGUCUCCCCCCUCUGCUCCCUGUCUGUUUAUAAGAGACAUUUAAACUUAACUUUUUAAUCUCUAUGAUGCAUUAAAAGGAUUCAGAAACAUCAGUAUUUGCAGACCUUUGAAUUUGAACCUCCCUCUCUUCUGCUAGCGGCAGCUUUGGUUUCAAUAUGACUGCAGAUCUGUCUUUUUCUUCUAAGCGUCACUUCUUUCCUAAAUAAUAGAUCACUAAAAUAAAGCAGAUUUUAUUGUUUUCAAACAUCAAAGUUUCAAAUAUCAUCAAGAAUCAAAUAUUGUGAAAACCUUAAAUCCCCCCUUUUUUUUGUAGAAAUGCAGGAGUAGCAUGUGAUCAUGUAACCAUCGUCUUUAACCCUUUGUUAACGUUCAUAAUGUGUAAUCCCUUUGUUGGACUUCAACGCUGUUCAUGUUGAUUCUCUGUUGUUCAUCUGCACUGAGGAUGUUGGUACGACAGCUGGGACAAAGAACGGAUCAAGAGGAAUAUUACGUCCUGUUUCUAUAAAAAAUGGCUCCUGGCUGAAAAGUUGAACUCUGAUCUAAAAGUCUUCUGCUUUCUCUGGUGACUCACUUGACACAGAAGUGUGUCUGAUGUGCGCCUGAGCUCGAUUUACAACGAGGACCGACGUGUGAAAUAACUCUCCUAAAGCUCCCUCGCUGACUGAAUUCUCUAUCUGCGCCUAUCUUAACGGCUAUGUUAAAAAAAACUCUAACCUCUUUAGUGUAGUCAAUGGAUGUGUGUUAUCUGCAGUUCUGGUAUGUAAGGAAGUGAUCUGAUUUGGAUACAGACUACUAGUAUGUCAUGUGUUUGCCUGUCUGCUGUUCAAGUAUUACUAUAAUGUGUAAAGAUUCUGUUCACGUGCUCCUUUUAGUUCUGUUAACCAUUACAGGAUGUACAUAAUGAUCAAGUGCAGUGCACAACAAUAAAUAGGAACAGGAAACUGCACUGAUGAGCAG